AACCAGGUGGCAUGACACCUUCUCCAGCAAAAUUGUUAUCCAAACCGAGUGGGGGUUUAGAACUCAGGGUACAUACCCUCAAAGGCUGCAUUGACAUUUGUUUCUCUAGAAUAAAGACAUCACUUGCAUCCCUUGGAGCCACAGUAUUAAUUCUCAUCGGUCUGUUUCCUCUGACCAUGUCAUGGGGCUGAAAAUGAGACAGACUUUAAAUAGAAGGUGUGACGUGGCAUGUGGCUUUAUGCAAGUUUACUCACUAAUGGCCCAUUGUGACUUUGAGUUUCUGGAUCCCCACCUCCCCAGCCUUGCCCCAGAAAGCAGUACUGACUGGAGUGUAGCCCCUUCCCAAACUGCUGCUGUGCUGGGGUGUAGUGACAGGAGGCCCAGGGAAUAGCUGCUUCAGAGCUCUGUUACUGCAGCCCACCAGCAGGGCAGGGCGGUAACAGCCCUUUCUUCUAGUUUCCUCCCUGGGCCUCCAAAGAAUUCAAAAGGCUGGAGGCUGAGACCUUUCAGAGUGACAGAGUUCCUGCUUUCCAGAGGGUGUGUCAGCCCUCCUGGGGCCAUGCCUGAGGCUGCUGGCUCAUGUGGGUUAUACCUGAGAUGAAUCCCCUUUCAGUCAGUGACUUGGUUUCUACCGUCAGUCAGUGAAGAUGCCUGGGCUGGGAAAGGAGCUCUAAUCAGCCAGCUUUUAGGAUGGGCAAUGCCGUUGAAAAACAGAAGCCCCUGAGACAAAGCCAGCUGUACCCCUGGAAACAAGACUCUCAGCGUUCUCAUCUCUCCUCCUUCACCAUGAAGCUGAUGGACAAAUUCCACUCUCCUAAAAUCAAGAGAACACCAUCCAAGAAGGGAAAGCCAGCCGAGGUGUCAAAGACUCCUGAGAAGCCCGUAAGCAAAGAGGCAAGAGACAGAUUUCUACCAGAGGGCUACCCUAUCCCCUUGGAUCUGGAGCAGCAGGCAGUAGAAUUUAUGUCCACCAGUGCUGUGGCUUCCAGGUCUCAGAGGCAGAAGAACCUGUGCUGGCUGGAGGAGAAAGAGAAGGAGGUUGUCAGUGCCUUGCGCUACUUUAAGACCAUUGUGGACAAAAUGGCCAUUGAUAAGAAGGUUCUGGAGAUGCUCCCAGGGUCAGCCAGCAAGGUGCUAGAGGCCAUCUUACCACUGGUGCAGACCGACCCUCGGAUCCAGCACAGCUCAGCCCUCUCCUCCUGCUAUAGCAGAGUAUACCAGAGCCUCGCCAACCUCAUCCGAUGGUCUGACCAGGUGAUGCUAGAGGGCGUGAACUCAGAAGAUAAAGAGACGGUGACGACUGUGAAGGGGGUCAUCAAAGCUGUGCUGGACGGAGUGAAGGAGCUAGUGAGGCUAACCAUUGAGAAACAGGGACGGCCAUCACCAACAAGCCCAGUGAAGCCCAGCUCCCCAGCCAGCAAGCCUGACGGCCAGCCUGAGCUCCCUCUGACAGACCGAGAAAUGGAGAUCCUGAACAAGACGACAGGUGUGUCACCAUCCACCGAACUGCUCCCAGACUCCAUUAGUGAAGAGGUUGCGCCCCCCAAGCCCCCUUUACCUGGAAUCCGGGUGGUUGAUAACAGUCCACCAGCACUGCCGCCCAAGAAGAGGCAGUCAGCUCCAUCCCCUACCCGAGUGGCUGUGGUAGCCCCUAUGAGCCGAGCUACCAGCGGCUCCAGUUUGCCUGUUGGAAUCAACAGGCAGGACUUUGAUGUUGACUGUUACACCCAGAGGCGCCUGUCGGGAGGCAGCCGCUCCUGUGGUGGUGAGUCUCCUCGCCUGUCCCCCUGCAGCAGCACCGGCAAGCUCAGCCGGUCAGACGAGCAGCUGUCCUCCCUAGACAGGGAUAGCGGGCAGUGCUCGAGGAACACAAGCUGUGAAACACUAGAUCACUAUGACCCCGACUAUGAAUUCCUCCAACAAGACCUCUCCAACGCAGACCAGACCCCUCCACAGGCGGCCUGCAGCCUCAGCCCACUACCGGAGUCCCUGGGGGAGUCUGGGCCUCCGUUACUUGGCCAUCCUUUCCAGCUGCCUCUGGGCAGCUGUCCCCAGCAGGAGGGGCAGAAGACAGACACUCCACCUGCCCUUCCUGAGAAGAAGCGCAGGAGUGCAGCCUCCCAGACCACGGACAGCUCUGGCUGCAGGGUGUCCUAUGAGCGGCACCCCUCACAGUAUGACAACAUCUCAGAAGAUGACCUGCAGAACUCAGUCCAGCCCAUGCCCUACACGCCCUUUGCUGCUGUCCCUCCCUUUCAGCAGAGAGCUUCCACAGCGCCUGUUGAGUUUGUGGGAGAUUUCAGUGCUCCUGAGUCAGCGGGUGACCCAGAAAAGCCACCUCCUCUACCAGAGAAGAAAAACAAACACAUGCUGGCCUACAUGCAGCUGCUGGAGGACUACUCAGAGCCGCAGCCCUCCAUGUUCUACCAGACGCCGCAGAGUGAGCACAUCUACCAGCAGAAGAACAAGAUGCUCAUGGAGGUCUACGGCUUCAGCGACUCCUUCUGCGCUAGCGACUCCACACAGGAGCUGGCCCCUCCACCCGCCUUGCCCCCCAAGCAGCGGCAGCUGCAGGCCUCCUAUGCUGCUUCUUCCUUCUCUGUCUCCUACUGUGUCCAGCAAACUAAAGUGGCCUUCACCCCCGAGGACGGCAGUGCCGCUCAGGGCCUCAGUGUAUCCGUGUCUAACUCCUUUCUCAACCGGCACGGCAGCUUGCCUGUGCCCUCGUACAAAUCUGUGUUUAGGUCUUACUCCCAGGACUUCAUGCCUCACCACCAAGCCUCCGUCCAACCUUUCCUUCCGCCUACCUCCUCUUCCUCUCCACAUUUCCCACCUGUCCACGCGUCCCAGAGCUCGGACUUAGCGGUGCCCACCGUAAGCAGUCCGCCUCCCAGCACCGUGGACGGGCCUCUCUCGUCUCCUCAGGACAACAGCUUUCAUGGGAACCCUAUCCGUCUUCCUUCCGAAACCUCUUUCACUGACUCGAGUGAAAAUGCCACCAGUGAGGAAGCUGGUGGCGGUGAAUAUGUCAAUCUGUACUCUUCUGGCCAGACCAACAAGGAGCUGGCGCCCUCUCGAGGAGAACUACCAUCUGGGAAGGACGGACAUCCCAGAGAUCCCUCGGUCAGCAGUGCAUCCGGGAAAGACAGCAGAGAAAAUGGGGAGAGGUCCCCAAAGUCACUGGAUGCCCUGGAGUCGGCCCAGUCAGAAGAAGAAGUAGAUGAACUGUCCCUCAUUGACCACAAUGAAAUUAUGGCCAGGCUGACACUCAAGCAAGAGGGUGAUGAUGGGCCAGAUGUUCGUGGAGGUUCAGGAGACAUCUUACUGGUCCAUGCUACUGAGACAGACAGAAAAGAUCUGGUGCUGUACUGUGAAGCCUUCCUGACGACCUACAGGACCUUCAUCAGCCCGGAGGAGCUCAUCAAGAAGCUGCAGUAUCGAUACGAGAAGUUCUCUCCCUUUGCUGACACGUUCAAGAAGCGAGUCAGCAAGAACACAUUCUUUGUGCUGGUGCGAGUGGUGGAUGAACUCUGCCUGGUGGAGCUGACGGAGGAGAUCCUGAAGCUGCUCAUGGAGCUAGUCUUCCGCCUAGUGUGCAGCGGGGAGCUCAGCCUGGCCAGGGUACUUCGGAAGAACAUUCUGGACAAAGUGGACCAGAAGAAGCUGCUCAGGUGUGCCCACUCCGACCAGCCUCUGGCAGCCAGGGGUGUCGCAGCCAGGCCAGGGACCUUACAUGAUUUUCACAGCCAUGAGAUCGCAGAGCAGCUGACACUGCUGGACGCUGAGCUUUUCUAUAAGAUAGAGAUCCCUGAAGUGUUGCUUUGGGCCAAAGAGCAGAAUGAGGAGAAGAGCCCCAACCUGACCCAGUUCACUGAGCACUUCAACAACAUGUCCUACUGGGUGCGCUCCAUCAUCAUGCUGCAGGAGAAGGCCCAGGACCGGGAGAGGCUGCUGCUCAAGUUCAUCAAGAUCAUGAAGCACCUGCGCAAGCUAAACAACUUCAACUCCUACCUGGCCAUCCUCUCAGCACUGGACUCAGCACCCAUCCGCAGACUGGAGUGGCAGAGGCAGACCUCAGAGGGCCUGGCGGAGUACUGCACAUUGAUUGACAGCUCAUCCUCCUUCCGAGCCUACCGGGCCGCCCUCUCAGAGGUGGAACCCCCAUGUAUCCCGUACCUAGGUCUGAUCCUGCAGGACCUGACCUUCGUACACUUGGGAAACCCAGACUAUAUUGACGGGAAAGUGAACUUCUCCAAGAGGUGGCAACAGUUCAACAUCUUGGACAGCAUGCGAUGCUUCCAGCAGGUGCACUAUGAAAUCCGGAGAAAUGACGACAUCAUAAACUUCUUCAAUGACUUCAGUGACCACCUGGCUGAGGAGGCCCUAUGGGAACUCUCUCUGAAGAUCAAGCCCAGGAACAUAACAAGGCGGAAGACAGACCGCGAAGAAAAGACCUAGGAGCAGACUGGCUGUGAGAACGCUCGAGCGGCCAGGGGAGGACCUGGACCGUCCCAGCCUCAGAGCCUGUCCAUGGCUUGGCUGUGUGGCAGCACCUGAUCCUGCUGGCCGGUUUCCUGCCUCCCUCCCUGUGGCUGAAGCCCCAGGGUUCACCAUGAGAUGGCCAGCAGGCCUCAGGACUGGUUUGUGUACUGGUGGCCCCUGGUCUGGCUCCCUCCUGUUCCCUACUGUCCCUCUCCAGCUGGGGAGCAGCAGACCAGGGAAAUGGUAGACUUCACCCUCCCAAAGCUGCCCUAGCCUUCUCAAGUGACAGAAGAGUAGAGGCCCCCGGCCCCUUGGGUGGGCUGCCCUCCAGGGCACCUGGAGCCGGGGGAGAGAUGGUGGGAAAGGGCCACGGCAGGAAUCUUCUGCUGUCCAUUCCCCGCCUUUUAAACGUGGAGGAUGAGGCAUGUGGGCCUGGCCCAUGAAGCAUGAGGGGUGACAGGCAACAGCUACGGAGCUGGCACUGCUCACAGUACUGGCUCCAGGCCUUCCUACCAUUCAUGGCCCGCUAAGGCUCACCUGCUGGGCCGUGGCAGCACCACCAGUAGCACCUUCCAUCCUGUUGCCCCCACCACUGGUCCAACCCCAGCCCACAUCACUGGCACUCUUGCGGAUCAGGAAGAGGAAGCAAAAGGGAGAGUUCAUGCUAAGCUGGGGCCAAGGCUGUGCUUCUGAGUGGGUCAGAGAGUGAGAAUCUUUAGUGACCUAGGGAGAGGCAAGCAGCCCCUCCAUGCUUGCUGUGUGCCUUAAAUGCCAUCUCCUGUCCCUUUCAGGCCUAUAGGCUUCCCUCCUACUUCGCCUGACCCCUGGCAGCCAGCAGGUCCUGGGCCCUUGUUGCUCCCUGGGAAUGCCUGUUGUCCCUGAGAAGGCUGAACAGGCCUGG